AUGGGUAGCCAAGUCUACGAACCGGAGCAACGCCUCAUUCCUCAAGCUCUUGAAGAUGCCUUGAAAGCAAACCCAGACCGUACUUGGGUGUCAUACGCCAUCAGCACCGAUAUCGCUAAAGAUGGGUUCCGGGAUAUUACGAUUCGCCAGUUGGCCAUUGCUGUCGACCGUUUGGCGUGGCACAUCGACACAAACAUCGGCAAGAGCAGCACAUUCGAGACGAUCAUGUACUACGGCCUGGGUGAUGUGAGAUACAUCAUCACCAUGAUAGCAGGCAUCAAAACAGGACACAAAGUUCUUUUCUGCUCGCAUUUCAACAGCGUCGUUUUCAACAAGCAUCUGGCCGAUAAGAUGGACGCCGCAACUUUAUUGCACACCGAAGGCGUGGACACUGUUGUCGACUCCAUUGUGGCGGCGAGGCCAAUGAAGACUGUGUCAGUCCCAACUCUUGACGAGCUUCUUGCUGAUGGCGAGCCUCCACAGUCUUAUCCGUACACCAAGUCUUGGGCUGAAGCUUGCGAUGAUCCCGUCACUGUCGGACAUACGUCUGGAACUACAGGUCUUCCAAAGCCCGUAGUCUGGACGAAUCGAUCAUACAGCAUUUGUGAGCCUCACGGGCUGGUUCUUGAUCUCGACGGACACCCUCCUUAUGCCAAGCUCUUGAACACAUCCAAAAGCUGUUACCAAACACAGCCGAUCUACCAUCCCUUUGGUAUGUUCACCGGUGUCACCGACCCGCUGUACCGCGAAAAGAAGAUGGUACUCGGGCCGAUUGUACCACCCCCCGUUCCGCCACAUAUCAUUGAGCAAGUGAUCGAGCACGCCGAUAUCGACAGCGUCAGUGGAGUUCCGAUCUACUUGGAAAUGAUUGCGAAGAAUCCCAAGCUUCUAGAUAUCGUCGAAAAGAAGAUCAGCUACAUCUUCUUCGCUGGCGGCGCUCUCAGCAAGCACACGGGAGAGGCCUUGUCUGCCAGAUGUCGCUUGUAUAGUCUUUACGGAUCUACAGAGGCUGGACCUGCAUUCGGCCACAUCACCGACCGCGAUGAUUGGGACUGGCUGCUUCUGAAUGACGAAGAAAGCGGCAUUGUAUGGGAGCCACGCGAAGUCAAGGGAGUCGACGGCGUCUACGAGUUGACGUACAAGAAGAACCCUCAUACCGCGACUCGCCAGCAUGUCUGGUGGCACACCGACUGCCAAGACGUCCAUCGCAGCAACGACCUCUUUGUCAAGCACCCAACCAAGCCGCACCACUGGAAGUUCUACUCUCGCGCGGAUGACAUGGUCAUCACGAAAUGGGGAUGGAACGUCAAUCCGGCUGUGUUGGAGAAGGAGAUCGAGCGGAGCCCUGUCGUGAAGCACGCGGUGAUUGGCGGUACAGGCAGGAAGACAGUGUGCGCAGUCGUGCAGCUUGUCGACGAUGAAUCUAUGCUGCCCCAAGAUGCGCUGGAAAGCAUUCUGCCCAUGGUUGAGAAGGGGAACAGUAUCAUGGACAAGGCCGGGCAACUGUCCAAGGAUAGAAUCAUUUUUGGCAAGAAGGAGAAGGCUUUCCCGUUGGCCGCUAAGGGAAACGUCCAGAGAUCGGCGGUUCUUAAGCUUUAUGAGCCAGAGAUUGAGGACAUGUACCAGCGUGUGGGAGACGAAUAG